AUGUGGAAGAGGACACUAGACGCAUCGAAUUCAAAUGUUAUCUGCAGUCGGAAGGUCGUUUGGGGAAUCGUCUCGCCACGUCGUAUCUUUGGUCACUCGGCGUGGCGGCGACAGCCAAACUUGGUUUCGUUUCUCAAGGCGUGUGCUUCUAUCUCUCUCGUGGGGCUGUGUGUUCACGAGGAAGGCGCCGUUUGGCAUUCACCGAUCACCGCCUGCGACGGACUUAGGUACAGCGGCCAGGCUGGAGGGUGGCCCGACGGCGCGAGAAAGAUUGCUUGAGUGGGCGGAGCCUCCGGCCGCUCGGCGUAUAGCCACUGGACACUGGUCAUUUUCGAAAGUGUUCACCCACCGCGAGGGCAGCGCUUUCCAUUCUCUUCUACUACUUCGGCUGCACUACUGCCUUCGCCUUUAUUUCUGAACUGGGAGCGAUCUGGACUAUGUCUUACGUGUCUACAUGACUUUGAUCUUGUACCCGUAAUGUACAUAGUCUGGAUCGCACAUCGGUUUUUUAAUCCCUACUGAAUUCCCCUAACUAAAUUUUUCCCUAGGAUGAUGAAAAUCUAAGAAGUUUUGAUUAAAAUGGAAAAAGUAAUAGAAAAUCUGUGUUUUUUCUCCAAAAAAACCACGGCCUGUCUUCCAGUCAAUUCUCACAAGGCAAAGGCGUCUGGGAGGAAGGAGAAUGGGAAAGAGACCAGACGCCCAGGGCCGCCGCAGCCGCCGUCGCUGCAGCUGUCUCGUGUUUUUGCCGUGUGACCACCCUUCGUGGUGUUUACGACGCCACUCGCACCCUCACUAACUGA